AUAGGGGCUGCCGGUCCUUCCCUGCAGGUGGCGGUAUUUAUGGAGGCUCACGGGGGUGAGGAGUUGAUGUGCAGCCCGUGUUCUGUGCUGUCUCCUCGCUGUCGGUAGGGAGUUCCCCGGUGCUUGGUUGUGGGAACUGGUGCGGUUAGUUGGAGGAAGGACUGGCCGGUGUCUCGUGGAGCCAUGUUUUCUUACGAGUAUGUGACGCCGGAGCAGCUGGCGGGGUUCGACAAGUACAAGUAUAGUGCAGUGGACACCAAUCCAUUGUCUGUAUAUGUUAUGCACCCAUUCUGGAACUCUGUAGUUAAGAUUUUACCUACGUGGCUGGCACCGAAUCUGUUGACGUUCUCUGGUUUCGUGCUACUUGUGCUUAACUUUUGUAUGUUGGCCUAUUUUGACUAUGAUUUUUAUGCUUCAGGUUCAGGUUAUACACAUGUUCCAAGUUGGGUAUGGAUUGCUGCUGGUCUGCUGAACUUCAUGGCAUAUACAUUAGAUGGAGUUGAUGGGAAGCAAGCUCGCCGGACCAGCUCGAGCACUCCACUUGGAGAGCUCUUUGACCAUGGUUUGGACAGCUGGGCCUGUAUAUUUUUUGUAGUCACUGUCUAUUCCAUCUUUGGACGUGGGGAGGCAGGUGUCAGUGUCCUUACGCUCUUCUUCAUUCUGUGGGUGGUGCUGUUCUCCUUCAUACUUUCCCACUGGGAGAAGUACAACACAGGGAUUCUUUUCCUGCCGUGGGGAUACGACCUUAGUCAAGUGACUAUUUCAAUUGUGUACAUCAUUACUGCUGUAGUUGGUGUUGAAGCUUGGUAUGGACCCAUCUUCCUUAAUUUACAAUACAGAGAUCUCUUCAGUAUAAUGAUUCUGGGUUGUGCCUUUAUUGUCACAUUUCCUGUGAGCUUGUAUAAUGUUUUCAAAGCAUAUAGGUCUAACACCCUGAAGCACCAUUCCUUUUAUGAAGCAAUGCUGCCAUUCAUUUCACCAGUAUUGCUUUUCAGUCUUUGCACACUCUGGGUCUGUACAUCGCCAUAUGACGUUAUAGAGAAACAUCCAAGAAUAGUAUACUUUUUGGUUGGCACAGCCUUUUCUAAUCUCACGUGUAAGCUCAUAGUUUGUCAGAUGAGUAAUACUCGCUGUCAGCCCCUCAGCUGGUUUCUCCUGCCAUUGGCUGUAGGUGUGAUCUUUGUAAUCUCUGGUAUCUUGCAAGACAAAGAAUAUUAUCUUCUCAUUAUUUUGACUACAGUAAUAACUCUUGCACACAUUCACUACGGAGUAUGUGUGGUGAAUCAGCUGAGCAAACAUUUUAACAUUUACGUCUUUUCAUUGAAAAAACCAAACGUUGAAUGACUGGAGGAGGAACAGAAAAUUGGCUUGCAGGCUUCAGAAGUAUUGUAAAGAAUUGCUACCCCAUGAGCCUGUGAAUGCUUCAACCGUCACUGCAAACUGUGCCCCACCACCAACAGUAGAAAACAGGAGAUUCAGAUGGUCCCUCCUAAGUAUUAAGAUAGUUUUUUUUUUUUUAUAAAGAGAUAUACUGAUAAAGGUUGAAUAAUUCAAUUAAAUAUGUGAAUAGACACUAACUGUGCACAAAGGUUGUGUGCAAUUGGCUGGCACUGGAUUUUUUUUUUUUGUGAUGCUCCUUUUCAUUCAAGUUCUAUUGUACUAUUGGACUCUUCGAUUUUUAAAUAGAUGGUAACUUGUAUCCAAGACAAUAGACGAAGAAACAUUUCGUCUCACUUCCAGGUUAUAGAUUCACAACCUAGUUCUUGGGCAAUGUGAUUUAUAUUUGCAUUGUUUCUUCAUCAUCCACUUUUUUCUUCAACCUGUGUUAUGAAACAUAAUUACAUCUCACUUAUUACACACUGAAUAGUCACUUGCCUGUGUAGUCUGAGUAAAAUGGCCAAUUCUGGAAAUUGCACAUUUUCACAAAGAUGUAAUAGUAGUGAAGUCUUGUGUAUAUGAGUUUGCUAAAGCCCAUAUUAAAACCCUAUUUUUGCAAAAGCUAUAACUUAAGAGAAAUUGGAUGAAAAUAUAAUUUAAGUGGACUUAUCAGAAACAAAUCAAAACCUCAAAUUGAUGUUCUCCCUUCUGUUUCAAUUUUUUUGUGGUGGUGAAUGCAUGCCGAUUUUCUACUAUAUAGCUUUUUUUUUUCAAUGGAAGUUUGUGCUUGAAUGAAGAGUAUACUAAAAGUCUCAGAGCAAGGUAUACUUGGAAGGAACAAGCAUUACUAGCAGUUUAUUCUACAAAACCAGAGGUUUUGUUCCUAGACUCUGUUUAGGAAAAGCAAUUUAAUGUAUUGUGUGUAUUUUCAUUUGUGGCAGUUACACUUGGUUAAGAUGGGAGAGAACGUAGAAGGGAUAGAAUGAUCAGAUUGUCAUGCUUCAUAGUGUAAGAAUGCAUACUUAAUUUAGUUUGGAUCCUUGUGUUAAGUACAGUUUAGUCAAUGGUCUUGUUUCCGUAGAGGUACUGUAUCUAUUCCUGGCAAAGCUUGUCAUAAUAAAAUAUUGCAAUAUUCCUAUUCAUAUCAAUCACUAAUCUGUCCAAAAUAUUUGGAUCUGGCAAAUAGAAUCCAUUCUAAUUUUUGACGUCAUGCUAACUAGUUUGGAUUGACUCCAGCUUCCUUUUAAAAGCAACUUCAACUGGCCCAAAUUAAUUGUAACAAUAAGAUUAAAGAUAAUUGUAUUGCAGCUUUCAUGAAAUACUUGCAAGCCAGGUGAGCUGAUUAUAAGUUGCAACUCAAAGUAUUGCUGUGUACCACAGUUCUAUCAAUAAUUGUCUGAAUAUGAACUGAAUGUUCUGAUUAAUAUCAUGGCAAAAUAUCAAAUCCAUUUUUUUCUUUUCAAAUUACCUGUAGUACAAAAGUGAAGUUUGAAUCAACUUGAUGUAUAUUGCCUCUUUGUGCAUCAUUUUACUCUUUUUGUAAACUUGAGUAAUCAUCUUAUCACUUACUAUUUUACCCGUGGUUUGCAUGUUUUGUUUCUGAUAUUUCAUAUAUAUCAGAAGUCUAACAGAUGAAUACUUAAAGUUUUUAGCUUUAAUUUGGUCAGAUUGAAUCUGACUUUCAGAUCAUAAAUUGAAGUGUUUAAUUUGACCAUCCAACUUUCAACUAAAACCCAAUUAAAAGCCCACUAUUGAUUCAUAUUUGUUGUUGUAAGGAAUCCAUGAUAAGUUGUUUGACCAAGUUUGUUUUGUUUUUAUUAAAGGGUGAAACUCCUAGGUUGAAUAUUGUUAGUUUUCUUAAUUUGCGGCUUCAGAUUGCAUGUAACUUGUGCCUUUUUUUGCUUUUCAAUUUGUAGAAGAGAUGAUUAGAUCCUCAAAGUGCAUUAGUUCAAAUCAAUGUACAGUGAUCUGGCUGAUCUAGCUGAUCUAGCAAUGUUUUUGACGCCACUGCUUCUUGCUUGUAUACUAGGAUGUAUGUCCUUUAGUAACUUUGUCUGAUUUUUUUUUUUUUUGGAAGUACUAAUUGAAACUAAUGCAAGAGAUAGAAACACAUUCUGUGCCAAUUCCAGAUUUGGUCUAAUUAUUUCUGGGUUCAGAUGUUAACUGAGUCAUGAAUUCAUGCAGAUGUAACUUUUAUUGAUUAGCUGCCGAUGUAAUUACUGGAACGUUUUGUUAGGAAUGUGAAUGAUCUUUUAUCAUACACUAAUACUAGUGUUGCUAUUUACAAUUUGAUUUGCUUUCUUCUCCAUCUACCCAGUUAAGUUGCCAGAAGUGUGACUGUAUCUAAUAGAAUGUUGGUUAAUAAUUGUUUUGGUGUGUAACAUUUGAUAUGUGAACAUCUUUAUAUGGCUUUCAGUUGUUAUGGGUGCACGUUCUUUGAUUAAUUCCCAAAUAGCUGUUAUUUUGUACAGAAAUAUCAAAAUACAACUUCACUGUUAAUUAAAAAUAGAGCAAUUGUCCUAAUUAUGAAUUAAUGCACGGUUAAGGUAGUUGGAAAUAAUACUAUGAAUUCUGACAGAAAAUAGAAUUUACUGCAGAUAUUCUGAUGGCAUAAAUAGGUUCUUCUGAUUGUGUACUAUUACUCAAUGUCAGAAUAUAAGAAUUGUGGUGAGGUGACCACAGAGCUUGUGUGCCUCCUAGGUAUUACUGGAUUUUGCAAUUUUUAUUAUUAAAUUCAUAGUAAUAACCUGCAAAAAGUACAAUAUCCACCGCCCCUUGAAUUAAAAGUUUUUUUUUAAGUUCAAUCAGCUAUUCUGGAGAAAGUAGCGAAGAUUCUUGCACUUGGGUGACUUUUAACUUUGUUUAUGAAAGUUAAAGAUUAGUAUUUUCACAUGCACGUCUUAUGCGUUUUUUCUAAGAGAUGACAGUGGAUGCAAUUUUUUUAAACUUUUUUUAAAGAUUUUGAUAUUUCUUGCAAGCUUCAUUAUUCUCCUUGGCCUUGUCAUGUAUCACCAUAGUUGGGGGGGAAAAUAAACACAACAGCUUAUCAACCUUGUCAAGUUUUCUAGAAAACUUCAAAUGUUGGAUAGAGGGGCUGAUGGUCAAAUGUUGGCUUUGUUUACAUUGCUCUCUAGCACAAAUAGUUUAACUGUUAUUUAGCACUAAAGCCUGUAAAAAUCAUCUUACAUAAUUAUGAAAUUAAUGCAAUAACUUUUUUUGCUUUUUUUUGGUUUUGGGUCCAGUGUGCAUAGUUAUUUCCAUAUUCCCUUAGUAUUAGAGGUCCUGUAUAGUCAAAAUGAUAAAUUAUUUCCACUCAAACAAUUAAACCUUGACAAAUUUAUACUAGAUUGUGAAGUGCUUUUCACACCUGCCAUUGCAGUGCACUGUUAAUUCAAUUUGCACACCUGAUCUUGUUUGCAAGUUAAUACCAGGAUACAACUAUGUAGAAAUCUGUUUUCUAUCCUUUGAAAGUGGAUUUGAUUCGUAUAGUUGAACUAUUUUGCUGCUCAAUUGCUGACCAUUUUUAAAUUUGGAAAUGAUUUAACUGAUUUAAUUAUGUGCAUGCUGUAUAAUUCAGAAGCCUGAUUACAGCUUAACAUUGUGAAAUUAUUUCAAUUGUUGUUACUUAAUCUCUUGUCCAAGCAAUUAACUAUUCAGAUUAACUCUGUUUGUGUUAGAUGUAUUCAGUAAUAUUGUACUGCCUUGAGUUUCCUUCUGAUACUGAAUGUUCAUGGCUGCUCAUUGUCUUUUUAUUCACAAUGAAUUUACUGAGGAACAGUGGGAUAUGAAAAAAGAUGGACCAUCUCAUUAAACUUGGAUGAUAGUUAAAAGCACAUCAAGCAGUUCAGGGUUGGUCUAGAUUUUAAAAAAACUAGUGAAUUUUCCUUGUCACUAACAGAUUUAUGAUUACUAUUGGAUGAGAUUGUGCUUUCACUUUGAGAAAGAAGUAAUAUUCUUAAAUGUUAAAACAAAAGGAAUUUUGUUUCCUAUAAGCUUAAAAUGCCACAAUAUUUAUAGUUCGCCGAUGCCUUUAGGUGGAGCUUAUUUUGGAGAACAUUGACAGAACUGCAUAAAAUUUAAAACUUGUGAAUGUCUUAAAUUUUGAUCACUACCUGUUAGCUGAGAUUUAACAAUAAAAGUGAAAUGAACUUGUUAGCUGGUUAUUGAAUUGAUUUAAAUGCAACUUUUUUUUAAUCAUCUUAAACAUAGCCUUGAAGACACUCUGAUUGAAAGAAUUGAUUCAAAUUGUUUAUUGCCAAUCUUGGGUAUUUCAAGACUUCUGUGAUUUUCAUACACUCUUCACUUCACUUUAACUAACUUUAGUGUGGCAUAUCAACAUCAGUAACAAAAAUUUCAUGCAUAAAGCCAUGUUUUGAUUUUUUUUCUUAUUUUUUAAGUCUCAUUUUAAUUAACACUUACUAACACUUUUAUUUUGAAUUGCUAAAAAUUGGGAGGGAUUUGGUCCAAACUUCUCCUCAACCUCCUCGCCUUUUGCAUUCCUCAUUGUGACAGUGCAGGGCACGGGUAUGCCAAAGCCUUUGUUUUCUUUGCUUGUCUGAGUUCUGAUCUCUGAUUAGCUGAUUUUUUGCAUACAUAAUAUUUGAGAGAACCCUUAUUUAGGUAGCCUUCCUAAUUUAAAUAAAAGUUAAAAUAACUGAGUAUAACACAAUUUGUGAUAGUAGAUGCCAACUCUAAAGUACAUGCUGGACUUUGGAAUGUGUACAUGACAGUUGCCAGAAGUAACUUAGUUAUGAAAAUCAAUAAAACAAAUUGUCUGAAUGUUUGAGUGAGGAAAAUAUUUUGCUUUGUAUGAUAGUAUUUGUAGUGAUCCUAUCUGUUCUAGCCAGUGCAAUGGCUUCAUCAGUAGUACUUUCCCUUUUCUUAAUCAUAAUUUGCAAAUCAGAGAGCAAGUGUCAUUGAAUGUGAUGAAAGGCACAAGGGAGGAAACUGGAUAACUCCUUCACCUUCUAAUUAGAGGUUCCUUCAUUAGGAGAAAGACCUACAUUUUUUUUUGAGGGAUGACUGCUUUUUGAAACCAGAAGUUUAUUCUUGAGUGCAACAAGUUUUUUUUUUGACAUGUAAUAUUUAAUCGUUUGUCUUAAUUGGUAUUUUCAAUGCACUCAGUCAUCUUUUGCACAAUUGAAUUUCAAUUUGAUUUUUAAUUGGCUUAUUGUAGGUAACUUUCACAAAUGUAUGAACCCCUGUGCUAAAGGGGCAGAAUUUGAGUGCCUACAUUCCAGUAGAGUUGUGGUUAUGAUCUUGGGACAAAUUGGCAAAAGAUUACCUUGACUUAAUUAUGUUGCUGUAUUAGGGCCAUUAAAAUUGCAGCUGAGUAAUUAAAUAAUCAUAGUAUUCAAAUUAAGAUUUUUAAUUACAGCUAAUUGUGAUUUAUUGUACAGAAAUAUUUCUGUACAACUGACCACAGUUUACUCCUUGUUUCAUGACGACUAAAUAUCUAAUAUGCCUUUUAUCCUUGACUUGACUUGAUAUUAAUGUUCGUGAAGAAACAUAUUUUUGAAGAGCAAGUUGGGAAAUUCCUUGCUGCCUUUGCUUGAAACACCCAGUCUACCUCAUUUACCUUUUUUUAUUAGAAUAACAAAAUGGGAUGACUGAUAGUGAAUCAAUACCCUAAUGGUACUAAUAUUCUAUAAAGAUCACUUACAAAGCUCUUGCCUUCCUCUCUUCUCCUCCCCCCCCCCCCCCCCCACCCCCCACCAAAUCAUUAUGCUCUUGUUAUUUUUGUAAAGAAAUAAUGUAAGCUGCACACACACUUAGUUCUAAACUCUGUUUUCAGCACCAAAUUUGCACAAAGUGUAUGCUGAUUCACUGAAUUGCAUGAAAAGGCAGCUUAGUACACAUUGUAUAAUUUACUUAGCUUACUAUCAAGAAGUACAAGGCUUUAUUUCGACACAUUGCAUGGUUUUGUAAUCCACAAAUGAGUGGAUUCAUAAUCAAGUUGUAAUGUACUUGUUCAAAACUCAGUAAAAUAGGAUUCAUUUGCAUUGCAACCUCUGUAGGGAGCACUUUCUUGAUAAUUGUUCUUUUGGUCUAUGUUUUAAGUUAUUAAAAGAAAACAUUUUUUAGGUGCUGUUUUCUUCAGAUGAAGUAAUGAUCUACAUGAUGAUUAAGUACAAAGUUCACAAUCCUGUUGUAUGCAUGUUAUUGCUCCCAGAAAGCUGUUUAAAAAUGUACCUGAAGUAAUUCAACUGGUAUGCCAUGUAGAAAUUUGACAGCUUUCUUGUGUCUUCAAAGUUGUAUAUUUAGUUGGUCAAAUUACUGACAUAUCACUCACCUGUCUCAUUUUAACUGAAUUUAUUGAGAAUGCCACAUUGUGUACAAGAAUGUGUCAUAUUUACUGGUCAUUAUUUCACCUGAAGUAGUGCACUAAGUACAUCUCUAUUGUAGAAUCCCUCUUCUGCUGUGACCAUUGGAAUAAAAAUGUAUGACUGCUGUUGGAUGAGGUCCUGUGGUAGCGCUUGCUUUGUAAAAUGCUACCAAGUUAUUUAUUGUAAAGAUAAACAUUGAACGUUUAAUAAAACUGAAAGAAAAAGUG